AUGGCGUCAAACAAUACCCAAGUCUAUGUUCCCUGCACACUUCAAACAUGCCCUCUGUCUAUGGCAACGAUUCCUUAUCAGCCAAAUCUGGGCGCCAAUGCUACUUUCCUUGUCAUCUUUGCACUAGCACUGGCCGUUCAAAUAUGGUCGAGUAUAAAAUAUCGGACAUGGACCCAUUUGGUCGGGAUGACAGGGGGUCUGCUACUUGAGAUAGUGGGCUAUGUUGGUCGCAUCAUGCUUCACUAUAAUCCCUUCAAUUUCAACAACUUCGUGAUAUAUCUCGUCUGCUUGACGGUGGCACCCGCCUUUAUCAGCGCCGUGAUCUAUAUUUGUUUCUACCGUGUCACCAUAAUAUACGGCCAAUCUCUCUUCGGGCUCAAACCUCGCAUACUUGCGAUUAUCUUCAUUUGCUGUGAUAUCAUCUGUCUGAUCCUACAAGCCGCGGGAGGGGCCAUUGCAUCGCUGUCAAAUGGUACAAGCAGGGAGGCCCGGGCCCAAGGGGAUAUGGGCAUUAAUAUCAUGAUCGCUGGUCUCGUUUUCCAAGUCAUUUCACUCUUGGCAUUUCUUAGCUGCGCAGCUUACUACCUUUGGUCUAUGCGUCGCAGAUAUUCUGAGCCUAAGGCGACUACAGUCAAACGUGGACUUUGGUAUGCAUUUUUGACAAGCCUCGGGGUUGCUGCAAUUGCAAUUUUUGUUCGUUCGGUAUAUCGAGUCGCCGAGCUUCGGGAAGGGUUCCAAGGGAAACUGGCUGGCAACGAGGCGCUCUUCAUGAUCCUUGAGGGAGCAAUGAUUGUGAUCACAACUGUCGCUUUGACGGUGUUCCACCCGGGCUAUUGUCUUGGUGUCCCAUGGAAAGUACAGGCUGCCGAAACGUCAAUGCUGCUUGAGAGCCGAGGAUCCAAAGACGGAUACGAAUGA